UCUACCAAACACUCACAGCGUGAGGAGUUCGAAAGAAAGGGAGAAAAUGUUAUGCUUGCUUGCCUUGAGGGAAGCGUCGCCGUCUGCCCACACCCGCACCGCACCCAACCGCAGCGGAGCCGGGAGCCGAAGGCCGAGGGUAUUCUUCCUUCGCCGCUAAGCACGCCUCCUCUCCACAGGCAGCCGACCCAGGGGAAGCGUCGCCGUCUGCCCCCACCCCGAAUCUGAUGCUUCAUCGAUUGGUUCUAAUCCUCACUACCUCCAUAUUCAUGCACGAGAUUGCGCGUGAUUAGGAGCAGGGACCAAUCAUAUUGAACUCAGAUUUGGAGCGGAGCAGGAGGGGGAGCCAUUGCCGGUGUUCUGAUUGCUGCUGGAGGUCGAGGGAUGGUAGGGGUGCUGUCGAAUCGCGUGGAUCGGGACGACCUCAAGGCCGGGGAUCACAUCUACACUUGGCGGGCCGCCUACAUCUACGCCCACCACGGUGACUUUUGUGGUACAUUAUCAGGAAUAUAUGCUGGAGAUGGCAUGGUUAUCCAUUUUACAAGGGCAGCUGGACAUGAGAUUGGAACAGGAACAUUCUUGGACUGGUUCCUUUAUAGCUCCUCUCCGGCAGCAACUGAGGGUCCUCCCUGCCAGAAAUGUGGGCACCUAGUCAAGUCCGAUGGGGUCAUCACCUCUUGCCUCGAUUGCUUCUUAGAUGGGGGCAGCCUGUACCUCUUUGACUACGCUGUGUCGCCUGCUUUCUUCCUCGCCAAAGCACGGGGAGGAACGUGCACCCUGGCUGCCUCUGACCCCAGUGACGUUGUGAUCCACCGUGCACGGUACCUCCUGGACAAUGGGUUUGGCAUGUACUCCCUGUUCAAGAACAACUGCGAGGACUUCGCCAUAUACUGCAAGACUGGGCUGCUUGUGGAGACCGCUUUCAGUGUUGGCCGUAGCGGGCAACUUGCGUCUCUGACUGCUGCCUUCAGCGCCGUGGCCUCGUCCCCCUUGCGUUUCCUGACAACCAGUGCUGGUGGCCUGGCAAUUGUGACCAGCGGCAUGUACUGUGUCGGGCGGUAUGUGUCGGAUAUUGGUGUCCGGCGUGAUGUUGUCAAGGUCCCUGUCGAAAGGCUUGUGGAGCAGAAUGUUACUUGGAUUCCUCAGUGUGUGGCUACAGAGACAGAUAUCGCGGCAGGAGCACCGCAGCAGCAGUUGGAGGUUCCUUGUGCGGUUGCCGAGGAAGCAUCCGUUAUACAGCCCGCGGCACCGUGAUCCAUUGCUGAAAUGUCAUCAUGUACCAGGUGUUGGCAUGAGACAGGACAACUGGAACUACGUACUUGUGUGGAAGUACAUGUAAUGAUGUAUCUGGUGGUGUUAUGCAAUCCAUUGCUGCUGCUGCUAAUGUUGCAAGCAAUGAUGAUGAUGAUGGAUGUGGUUCCAUGACCGCUAUUAUUACAGAAUUGAGAAGACCUGUAUUUGCCCUUGAUGAUUAAUGAUUUCUGUUAUACAGUUGCUUAUGGAUG